UGUAUUGGCGGAGAGAGAGAGAGAACAGAAAAAGCAAAACCCACAAAAGGGAUUCUGAGAUUGACAGAUUGAGAGAGAGUUCUGAGUGGUUUAAAAGAGAGUGAGAAUUGUGAAGAUGUCUGCAACGGUAGGAGGUGGCGGUACUGGUGUUGGUACAGGAGGACAAGAGGAAGACAAGAAACCUAUGGAUCAGUCUGCACACAUUAAUCUCAAAGUCAAAGGCCAGGAUGGUAAUGAGGUGUUCUUUAGGAUCAAACGAAGCACCCAGCUUCGGAAACUCAUGACUGCAUACUGUGAACGUCAGUCUGUGGAGUUCAACUCCAUUGCAUUCUUGUUUGAUGGGCGAAGACUCCGGGGAGAACAGAGCCCAGAUGAGCUUGAGAUGGAGGAUGGUGAUGAGAUUGACGCAAUGCUUCACCAAACUGGAGGCGGGAACAGGUGCCCUUAACUUCAAACAACAUGGCAGAUGUGAAGUACAAAUUUUCUUAUUUUGCUUUGCAAUCAAAAUAUUACUGUAAUUAGAAAUGGAUCUAAUGAGCUGGAAAUGUUGAAGUUGAGGUCAUGUGUACCGAUGAUACUUUCUACUUUUUAGUGUGACGUUUAAUGCGUGGUUAUUGCCUUCGGACUCUAACUGCCGCUAGCAGUUUUGGAGUUGGCAUGUCCUUGUAAGUGUGUCUCCAUAAAAAAAAAAGGUCUUCGGAUGCUACAUUAUGUUCUAUAUUUAGUACUUUGAUAUUAAUUCCCUAAUGUCU